AUGUACGAAUUGGGGGAAGCUGGGAUAGCGCAGUUCAGAGACUUGAACCCCCACGUGAACGACUUCCAAAGGCGCUACGUCACCGAGGUGCGCCGCUGCAGCGAGAUGGAGAGGAAGCUGCGCUACGUGGGAAGCGAGCUCCCAGAGCCCCCGCCCCCACCGAAGCCCUCCCCGACACUGCUCAGUCCGAGGGAGAUAAACAUACUCGAGGAAAGGAUAGAUUAUAUAGAGUCAGAAAUCCAGGAGAUCACACGCAAUGCGAGGAACCUGAAGGCGGACUAUCUGUCACUGAAGGAGCUGAAACUGCUUAUAGGGAAGACCCAGACCUUCUUCCAGGAUCACAGCCAUCACAGGAAGAUCUCGGCGUCAGUGCAAGUUUACAACAAUGAAGGGGUGUUGGGGCACCUGGGGUUCAUUGCUGGUGUGGUGGCCACGCCCCGGGUGCCGUCCUUCGAGAGGAUGUUGUGGCGGAUAUCCCAUGGGAACAUUUUCUUCAAGCAGGCACAGAUAGACGAACCACUGAAGGACCCCAUAACAGGCCACGAGCUGCAGAAGACGGUAUUCGUGGUAUUCUUCCAUGGCGAGCAAAUCAAGCUGAGGGUAAAGAAGGUUUGCCACGGGUUCCAAGCGACGCUGUACCAUUGCCCAGCCACGUACAAGGAACAACAGGAAAUGUUAGCUGGCGUGGAAAGCAGAAUCAAGGAUUUGGAGAUAGUGUUGGAGCAAACGGAGCAACACAGGCGCCUCGUCCUCGCGAAUAUCGCCCGCGAUAUCAGCACGUGGCUGGUGGCAGUCCGACGGGAAAAGGCCAUCUACCACACGCUUAACAUGUUCAGUAUGGACAUCGUCAAGAAGUGCCUCAUCGCCGAGUGCUGGGUGCCGAGAAGCGAUCUGCCCAUACUGCAGAAGGCGCUGGAUAAUGGUGUGAAGGAGAGUGGCAGCCCAAUCCCGUCUAUUCUUCACCACGUGCCGACGCGUGAAAUUCCGCCUACUUUCAACCGGGUCAAUAAGUUCACGCGCGGCUUCCAGAACCUAAUCGACUCUUACGGCAUCGCCAGCUACCGUGAAGUCAACCCAGCCUUAUACACAUUGGUGACGUUCCCGUUCCUCUUCGCCGUCAUGUUCGGCGAUGUGGGGCAUGGACUGAUAAUGACCACUUUCGCCGCGGUCAUCAUCAUCCUCGAGAAGGGCCUGGCCAAAAAGAAGACAGACAACGAGAUUUGGAACAUCUUCUUCGGCGGGCGCUACAUCAUCCUCCUGAUGGGGAUAUUCUCCAUCUACACCGGCUUGAUAUACAACGACAUGUUCUCUAAGUCCCUGAACUUGUUCGGCAGCAGUUGGAAGAACGUGUACGACAACGAGACGUUAGUGCGGCAUAGAGUACUGGAGCUUGACCCGGCGGUUGCGUACACGCAAAUACCUUAUCCUUUCGGCCUAGACCCUGCUUGGCAGUUCGCGUCUAACAAUAUAAUAUUUUUAAACUCCUUCAAGAUGAAACUGUCUAUAAUAUUCGGCGUAAUCCAUAUGGCGUUCGGGGUGACAAUGAGUGUGGUAAACUUCAACUUCUUCAAGAAGAACUACAUGAUAUAUCUGCAAUACAUACCGCAGAUACUUUUCCUACUUCUGCUGUUCUGGUAUUUGUGCAUACUUAUGUUUAUGAAGUGGACUAUGUAUUCAGCCGUGGCGACUGACCCGGCUUACGGCACUUCCUGUGCACCAUCUGUCUUGAUCAUCUUCAUCAACAUGAUGCUCAUGAAGAAGUCGGAAGUGAAGCCGCCGUGCAUGCUGCAAAUGUAUGAUGGACAAGAGGCGCUGCAGAAGACGUUUUUGGCGGUCGCUUUCCUCUGUGUACCUAUCAUGUUGUUCGGAAAGCCAGUAUACCAGAUGAUGGCAGAUAAAAAGAAGCAGCAGUACCAGCAAGGGGUGGAGAGUGGCGAGACGGAGGUGGAGCAACACGACGGUGGCAUGGGUGAGGUGCUGAUAACGCAAGCCAUACACACCAUAGAGUACGUGCUUGGGACCGUCUCACACACCGCAUCUUACCUUCGGCUGUGGGCGCUCUCGCUGGCCCACGCACAACUCUCGGCCGUGCUGUGGCAACGAGUUCUUCGAAUGGGGCUGGGUGGUGGCUCACCUGCCAACUCAGUUGUGCUGUACGUGAUCUUCGCGGUGUGGGCAUUCUUCACGCUGGCCAUUCUCGUGCUGAUGGAAGGCCUUUCCGCCUUCCUGCACACCCUCCGGUUGCACUGGGUCGAGUUCAUGAGCAAAUUCUACGAAGGUCAGGGCUACGCCUUCGUUCCGUUUUCCUUUGCGGCGAUACUAGAGCAAGAGGAUGACGACGUCGCCAUAAAAAAGAACGGUAACCCGCCGGAG